AUGAGGCAAGGUAUUAUGAGGUUGAUCAUCGCUGCCAUCUUUGUCAUGGUAUGCGGCUACGAGGCGACGGUUCUUCCGCUGAAGAGGAUGAUUCCGCCGAGCCAUGAACUCGACCUCACUCAGCUUAUGACAUUUGAUUCUGCUCGGCAUGGAAGGUUGUUACAGUCUCCUGUACACGGAUCUUUCAACUGGAAAGUUGAAAGAGACACUAGUAUACUUCUCUCAGCGCUUUACUACACAACAGUACAAAUUGGGACACCUCCAAGAGAGUUGGAUGUGGUAAUUGACACGGGAAGUGAUCUUGUAUGGGUUAGCUGCAAUUCCUGCGUCGGCUGCCCGCUCCAUAAUGUUACUUUCUUCGAUCCUGGAGCCUCAUCCUCAGCUGUAAAGCUGGCAUGUUCUGACAAGAGGUGUUCCUCGGAUCUACAGAAGAAAUCCCGUUGUUCGCUACUUGAAAGUUGUACCUACAAGGUGGAGUACGGUGAUGGAAGUGUAACCUCCGGCUACUACAUAUCAGAUCUCAUUUCUUUCGAUACUAUGUCCGACUGGACUUAUAUCGCAUUCAGAGACAACAGUACAUGGCAUCCUUGGGUUAGGCAAGGGGCGAUUAUCGGUACUUUCCCAGCUUUAUGCUCAACGCCUUGCUCCACAGUGAGUUCUCAACCCUUAUACUAUAAUCCUCAAUUCUCUCAUAUGAUGACCGUUGCUGUGAAUGAUCUGAGGCUACCGAUUGAUCCAUCUGUUUUCUCAGUAGCAAAGGGUUAUGGCACGAUAAUUGAUUCAGGGACAACUCUUGUUCAUUUUCCAGGUGAAGCUUAUGAUCCACUCAUCCAAGCUAUUUUAAAUGUUGUUUCACAGUAUGGGCGUCCCAUUCCCUAUGAGAGUUUCCAGUGCUUCAAUAUCACAUCUGGGAUAAGUUCCCAUCUAGUCAUCGCGGACAUGUUUCCUGAAGUUCAUUUGGGCUUCGCCGGCGGUGCAUCCAUGGUCAUUAAACCUGAGGCGUAUCUUUUUCAGAAGUUUCUAGACUUAACAAAUGCAAUCUGGUGCCUUGGUUUCUACAGUUCGACGAGUCGUCGUAUAACAAUUAUCGGCGAAGUGGCUAUUAGAGACAAAAUGUUCGUCUAUGAUCUUGAUCAUCAACGGAUCGGAUGGGCAGAAUACAAUUGCUCGUUGGAUGUGACAAGAGCACAGCAGAACAAAGACAUAACAAACACAAAGCAUUCGACAGGCAACAGUGGGAAGACUUGUAGUUACUUGGCUAUUAUUACAUAUCUACUCCAUUUCUUGUUCUAG